AUUUACGGAAAGCAAAGAAGGACAUAUCGCGAGUAUGAUGCACACACGUGAAACACACGAAAGCAAGGCGGUCUGUUAAAAUCGUGUUUUAUUUUGCAUUAAAAUGAGCGUAACAAGAGAUCAACACGGCGGAGAGGUGGAUGAUGAUCGUUUUUUCCUCGACCAAGUUCUGGACAAGUUGUAUGAUUUCGGUCAACACAAACGACUGAAGAAGUCUCAGAAAAGGAAGAACUUCACUAAAGAUGAGAAAGAUACUGUCCAACAUGACACAGACUCAGAGCAGCCCAUGACUAACUCAACAGUAUGUGGAAGCUUACCAUCCGGAGCUAAACAAUCUAAUGUGGAGGUUGUUACAUUUAUUGAUCCUCGGAGGAAGAACCAAUUAUCAAAGGCUGUUGAACUAGUUAAGAAGGCUCCUCCUGAGAGGAAAGAAGUCAAAGAGAAGAAAAAAGUCCCAGAUGAGAAACUAACGAUAGAAAAGGCCCGGCUCGAGGUUCACAGGUUUGGACUGUCAGGGUACGAGAGGCAGCAGCAGAGGGUCUUUGAGCAGGACAGAGCCAUCAUGCUGGGAGCCAGACCCCCUAAAAGGCAGUAUGUUAACUACAAAGUGUAUCAACAAAACAUAAAAGAACGGAAGAUUAAAGAGAAAGAAGAAGCAAAAUCCGAAUCGCAGAACAAAAGAAGGAAAGAAGGACAACCAAGGACUGAGAGAAGUAAAUCCUCCUCUAGCGGAGAGCUCGGUGGACAAGUCGGACGCUUCAAAAAUGGAAUGCUGGUCUUGAGCUCCAGAGACAUUCAGAAAUAUAAAGUUAAAGUCAAAAAAGGAACAGAAGAUGAUUAGCAACAGAAAACACAAAUGCAGGAGCAUUUAUACUUACACUUGUAUGGAAUAUCACACUUUGUCUGAACUGGAAUAAAAAUGCGCCUUAUUUUGCCUCGGUCAUUAUACGCACAUAUUUACAUAUCCUUGUUGUUUAUUUUCUGGUUUCUUUCACUGUUCGUGCUGAAUGACAUAAAUGGCACUACUCAUGCAGCUUUUUGAGGUGUACUUUUACCUUUUUACUAUACUUUUUUUAUAGAAUAAAUAAUGCUGAAACACAUAUUUUUGGAGUUUAAACGACCAAUUUUAAGUCAUGUGAAAAAGUAAGUAAGAAAAUAAUGACACGUGGAUCUGUCAUCACAGUUUUAUUGUUUAUUAAAAGGGAAAGACGCUGUUUUUCUUCCACACUAAGUAGUAAGAAAAGAAUGUCAUGUACAAUGCAUUUGAUAUACAAACCACAAAGACAUACAAAAUAUCACAUUAGUAAGAGGAAACGAGAGCUCGAGAUCACACACAGAAAAAGAGCAGCGAAGACUCACACACGUUGGUUUUCGUCGAGGAUGAUGAUGAAUCAUGAAGAUGUCACACAACGUGUGUGAGGCCUGUGUCUGCAGGAUCGAUGGAAAGAUGCGUUCGGGAAAAAGUUCGUCGUCUUUCCUUUUCGAACUCUUCACAAUGAGAUAAGCUGAGGGCCGAACACCUGACUAAUGUACAUCCACACAAGCAAUAUGUUGUAUAUAAAAAUAAAUCCUUAAACGCUUGAUACAGUGACAGAUUUUCUGUUAAUUCAUGGGACUAUGGGACGUUUUCUGAUGAUGGUCAUAUUAAGCAUUCGCCUGUAUAACAAACACCCCAAGACCAUUUCAUUUUG